CCUAAAUCAACACAUUAAAUCAAGUAAAUAAAUAAGAUGCAUGCACCCUAAUUAAAAUCGUUUAUCUCAUUCCUUGGUUUUCGUUUAUUCGGCGGCCGCCUAAAGUUCCUCCGUUGGCUCCUCGUAUUUCCCCAUUAAAACUUAGGUAUUUCGAUUAACUCCGGCCGUACAACUCAAAAACAAAUCGGACUAAAAGUAGUACUUCUAUUCACAAAGUAAAACACGCAUGCUCCUAAUCCCUUUUCUUAAUUGAAUUCCAAUUAGUCCAUAGCCCAUACCAAAUCAUGGCCCAACAAAAGCAUUAAAAAAUAUCCUAACACUUAAACUAAAGAAAAAAAAAGAGGCAGUAGCCAAAAUAUUGCCUGCCACCACACGUUUAUACUCCCUUCACAGCAAUGUAUACCCACCUAUUAUUAUAUUUCCAAAUCACCCAUUUGCAUAAUGAAAAAAAAAAGAAAAAGAAAAUACUAAGAGUGAACUACUCCCAGAUUCGUCUUCUUCAAUUUAAUAUAACCUCUCUCUCUAGUUCAUCCUUUUCUUUGAAUCUCCCUUACAUAAAAUCCACCAUAUAAAACACCAAACUCCUACCAAUUCACAACAAAACAAUUCCCCCAAGCAGGCUGAAAUUCUCGUCUCUAACUUUUCUUCACAAAAUUGAUAAUCUAGUUACUUCCCACCCCUCUCUCUCGUUCGCUGCUGCUACCGUCGACGGCGCCUCCGUUAGCUUAACCAGACAAUCCAAACAAUUCACAUCAAAACUCGGUUGAUUCUGAAGAGAGAAGAAUUACAAGAACAAUUAGAGAAGAAUGGUCGACGUGGAUCGGAGGAUGACGAGCCUGAACCCGUCCCACGUGGCCGGGCUCCGCCGCCUCUCAGCCCGCGCAGCCGCUGCCGCCGCUCCCUCCGCGCCGUGCAGCAGUCUCCUCUCCUUCACUUCCCUCGCCGACAAAGUAAUAUCCCAAUUGCGAAACUCGGGGGUACAAAUCCAGCCCGGGCUAACGGAAUCCGAGUUAGCCCAAGCCGAAGCCGAAUUCGGCUUCGCCUUCCCGCCGGAUUUGAAAGCCGUCCUCGCGUCCGGCUUUCCAUCCGGCGCCGGCUUCCCCGACUGGCGAUCGGCUCGGCUCCACCUCCGCGCCGCGAUUCAUCUCCCCAUCGCAUCCGUAUCGUUCCACAUAGCCCGCAAUGCGCUGUGGUCGAAUGCCUGGGGCCCGCGCCCGGCCGACCCGGAAAAGGCGAUGAAGUUCGGGAGAAACGCUCUCAAGAGAGCCCCGCUUUUGAUACCCGUUUUCGACCAUUGCUAUAUCCCUUGCAAUCCCUGCCUCGCCGGAAACCCUAUCUUCUACGUCGACGAGAAUCGGAUUUUCUGCUGCGGCUUCGAUUUGGCCGAUUUCUUCGAGCGGCAGAGCGCCUCCCCCAAAAUCCAGCGAUCGAUCAGCGAGAGAUCGGCGGCGUCCUUGCUCUCGUCCUCUUUUAUCGAUUCGUCGCGGAGGAGCCUCGACGCUGGCGGUCCGGUGCCGCGGUGGGUGGAGUUCUGGAGCGAGGCCGCCGUGGACCGGCGGCGGAGGGAUUCGAAUUCGUCGUCGUCGUCUUCUUCGGAAAUAAUGCUGCCGAGAUGGGAGAUGCCGGAUUGGGUGGGUGAGUACGUGGAGCAAGUCGGGUCGGUUCUGAGGAGGAGCGGGUGGGCGGAAUCGGACGUUGCGGAGAUUGUCCACGUGUCGGCAUCUGGCUUCUUCGUGGACGGGGAGAUGGUGAUGCUCGACAGCCAAUCAGUGCUUGACGCGUUGCUGUUAAAAGUGGAUCGGUAUUCGGAUACGCUCCGGAAAGCGGGUUGGAGCUCGGAAGAGGUGGCGGAGGCGUUGGGGAUUGAUUUCCGGCAAGAGGAGAAGAAGAAGGUGGCGCCGGAGGUGCUGCGGAGGUUGGGGAAACUGGCGGAGGCGGUCAACUUGUCGUCGUCGUCAUUAUUGACCUAGUUUUUGGGAGAUUCGAAGCGCUUUUGUUUUUUCAGUAGUUCAAAGUCUGGUGAUUGCGAACUCUUUUUCUAUUUUUGAGAAAGGGUACGAACGGAAAGCCUUUGGUUUAGGAAAUCGGAAAAGGUUAGAUUAAAAGUAAAAGUUAACAGUGAAAGUAUCUUUUGAAAUGCACUGGAUAAUAAAUACACAGUAUCCAACUAUUUUUUACACACUCUCAUCAUGUAUCUUGUAUUUACUUCAUUUCUAUGUCUUUACAUGUAAAAGUUGUUUUCUUAAA